AUGGGCUCCACGUGCCUGUCGUGCGGCGAGGGCGCGGUGGUGGCGGAUCCGGACUCGGGCGCGCUCGUCUGCACCUCCUGCGGCGUCAUCCAGGACGCCGGCGGCGCGGAGUUCGUCCACCAGUCCACCUUCAACGACUCGGGGGGCCUCGAUCUCCGCGUCUCCUCCCUCGUCCGCAACAGCUCCGACUCCGCCUACCGCGACCAGAAGCUCGCCGUCGCCUCCGCGGGCAUCACCUCCACCGCCACCCGCCUCGGCCUGUCGCCGGCCCGCGCCGAGGAGGCGCUCCGCAUGGCCAAGUCCGCCACCGACGGCCAGCUCGCCACCCCGGGCAGCGCCUUCCUCCCCGCCCUCGCCGCCGCCUGCACCCUGCUCGUCGCGCGGUCGCACCACCUCCCGCUCUCCCUCGCCGAGGCCGCGGAGGCCGCCUUCUGCUCCGCGCCCGCCCUCGGCGACCUGGUCUCCCGCGUCGCCGCCCAGCUAUCCCUCCCGCCCCUCCCCUGCUUCGACUACGCCGCCGCGCUCGACCGCGCCGUGCAACUCUCGCCCUCGCUCAACGCCGCGGCGGCCCACAAGACGGACGCGAUUCUCGCCCAGGCCCGGUUCCUCUUCCGCUGCGCCUCCAAGUGGUCGCUCACCACCGGGCGGUUCCCGCUCCCCCUCGUCGCGGCGCUGCUCGCCUUAUCUGCGGAAGUUAACGGGGUCACUUCUCUCUCCUUGGAGGACAUUGCCCGGGACAUCUCGGCGGGAUUGAGGACCAGCCUCCGCCGAUACAAGGAGCUCGUUGACGCGCUGGUGCAUGUCGCGCGCCACCUGCUUCCGUGGGGCGCCGAUGUCAAUGCCAAGAACCUGCUCCUCAACGCUCCAGUCCUGCUCCGGCUCAUGGAGAUGCGGUCACAGUCGGACCCUUCUGAAGAGUUUCUUGAGAUCUUCGCUCCGAACAUUGCUGCAAUUGUGCAGGCGUACUCUAAAGUUGACGACGACGAGUCCAAAUACCUUCAGAUUACUCCUGUCAGUGCUGAUGACUUUGAUUUCGAUAGUCUUGAGCCAGAGGAGAAAGAAUUUGAAAACCAGGGUAUCUCAGAGAAGGGCCUAUCAGAUGCUUACAAAAAUGUCCUAAAUAGGCUUGCCCAGCUACAGAAACUUGGGAAGGUUGGUAAAGGUGCUGACAGGAGGAAGCGAUUGAAAGGAGGACUGGAGCUGGAGCCGUGUAUGGACGCAGUGAAUAGUGGCUGGAAAAAGGAUAUGCUGCUGGAGGAUGUGGUGGAUAUUGACAUUGGCUAUGAUGCACCUCCGCCAUCGUUUACUGCUGGUUUGGAGUUGCAGAAGGAGAGGAGAGCACGUAUUGAAGCUGCCAAGCAGCGGAUUGAUGCGAUUAGGAAGGCUACUGCUGCUCCAGCUGCAAAAGCAAAUAAUUCAGAAUCAGAAGAUGUUGUAAGAAACGAAUAUGUCUCUCCCCUGCAAAAAUUGACCAGGAAGAAUCGAGGGGGAAAGAAGAUGGAUGAUAUAGAUCAUAUCCUUCUCAGUGACAAUAUGGCAGACAGUUCAGGUGCCAGGAAAAAGAGACGAAGAAGAGGUUCCUGUGACGGUAUUGAUUGGGAAGAUUGCAUUAUUGAGCUCCUGCUACUGCAUGGUGUAAAUGAAGCUGAGAUCGAACAAGGCCAGUACAGAAGAUUGUUGGAGUUGCAUGUAUUCAGUGCAUCUAUAACAUCAGCGCUGAUUACUCUCUUUGUAUCAAAUAUAGUUGCAGCAGUGUGCAUCCCUGUUGUUGCCUCUCGAUAUUUGUCAUUUCCUUUAUGCGUUUCACAAUGCACCUUCAAUAUGAAUUUGACUGUUCCAAUAGUCAUCCCAGUUCUACUCAGCUUCUUUUUGGAUGAUGGUGAGACUUUCUAUGCACUAUUAUUGCCAUCACCUCGGAAAGAAGAACCAACUGCACCAACAUCUUCUGAGGAGCAACAGGAGGUUAUACUCAGCGAGGUGGAGGAUGAAAAGCCAAAGGACGUUGAUUUACUUCCAGCCUCAGAGAGGCAAAAAAGGAUGGCAGAAUUGCAGACAAGGUUAUUUCAGGCAGCUGCUGUUGGUGCUGUCAGGGUUAAGAGGAGGAAAGGUCCACGGAGAGGAGAGGAUUUCACACUGAUGCAAGCGCUCAUCAAGGCAGAUUUCUGGCUUCUAUUUUUCUCUCUUCUGCUGGGCUCUGGAUCUGGUCUCACUGUGAUUGAUAAUCUUGGGCAAAUGAGCUAG